AUGUACGACCACCGAACAGCCGUAAGCACUCUCGGCCGACCCUCUCGGGAACCCCGGGAACCCCGGGAACCUUCCCGACUGCCUCCCACCACCACCACCACCCCAACACAACCACCACUAUCAAGUAGUAGUAACGACGCACAAACGGUUGACGACCGCGUAUCGAUAUCCCCAGUUGGAGGGACGAGGACGGCAGACCUUGGAACUGCGGCGUUGGGGAAUGAUCAUGUGAAGAGUGUGAUAUCUGGCGCAGCGGCCGGGAUGGCCACUGUUGUUGCUGGGCAUCCGUUCGAUACGAUCAAAGUACGAAUGCAGACGCACAACAACAGCAACGCCGCACGGCAGAGCAUUGGGAUGAUUGAGUGUUGUCGGAACGUGGUGCGUAGCAAUGGGAUCAUGGGGCUGUAUCGCGGGAUGGCGUCGCCGUUGUUGGCCGUUACGCCGCGGUAUGCUGUUCGGUUCUGGGCCUACGACGUAGGCCUCCACAUCUCCCACUCCCUCUUCGCUACUCACCCCCCAACAUCGUCCUCCUGGAUCCGCGACUCCAUGCUCGCCGGCGCCCUCGCCGCCAUCCCCACCACCAUCGUCACCACCCCAACCGAGCAGAUUAAAGUCACCCUACAAACUCGCGACGGCCCACCACUCCACUCCACGAACACCAAACCCGUCCCCGGAACCUCACUCCGAUCAUACCUCGCACCUUUACCGAACGGCACUGGUGGGGCCGGACUAAGAGAAGAAAAAGGCCUCCGGCCCUUGUUUCGAGGCACCUUUGCGACGUUUGCGAGGGAUGUGCCGGGGUUUGCGGCGUAUUUUGUGGUUUAUGAGAUGGUGCAUCAUGCCGCUAUGGGGGGAUCGGGUGGUGGCGGGAUAGAGGAAGGUGGAACUGGGAGGGAGAGGGCGUGGACGGAUGUGCAGCCUCCCAGCGACGUCAUAAAAUCCCGCAUCCAAUCCUCCCCACCCGGCACCUACCUCGGCUUCACGGACGCGGCCAAACGGUUAGUCAGGACCGAAGGGUUAGGAAGCUUGUUUAGGGGGACUGCGCCGGCGUUGUUAAGAUUGGUGCCGGCAAAUGCGGCAGGCUUCGUCGCGCGGAUAGGAUCGCUGGCUGUUAUGGACCAUUUCUGGUGA